UACCCAUCUCUGCCCAUGUAAUCCGGCCAUAUUCCAGUCUGUCCCAGUCGUUAAUCAGCUGCAAGCAAAUGAGAAAUAAAUGCAGAUUGAGGAGUGAGGGAGGGAAACUGCAGUUGUAGCGAGUCGGCACAGGCGUCCCUUCUGCUGGCACUGCUUGCAGACAACACUAGCGAGUGCCAAGCUUCACCAGUUCACUCAUUCAAACAAGUGUGGCGAUCUGACUUGAGAACAGAGUGUGCCGUCUCACUCCGCCUGCCUGGGACUCGCUGGCCAGUGCUGCUUCAGGCAUUUCAUUCACAUUUCUCCUGCUUCCCUUCUCACUUCUCUCCCCCCACUCACACACUCACACACAUACACUUACAUCUAUCAAAAACACUCACUCUCUUGUGUCCCUGCAUCCCUCUCUGGUGUAACAUGGGGAUCCCUCUCCCUCCCUCAACCAGGGGAUUGUUGUAGCACUUGUGUAGAGGCUUUGCUGCCUGUGCCUGGGAGAGGAAGCACAAGAGGAGACAAGAUUUCCAUCCCUCGCUCACAGCUGUGCCUGCCGAGAUAAAGCAAAGUCACUGGGAGACAAACCUUAAAGCAGUGAAGGACCAAGCAGCCAAGAACAGCACCAAGAACCUCUGCUGCUUGCUGGACUCUCGCUCUGUCUUUUCUUCAGCUCCUUACAAUCCAGUUUUGGGGGGAUAACUAGGGGUUCAGGCUCUCUCCUUUCACCUUCUUUAUAAGAAAAGGGCAGUGUGAUCCUAAAAGGGGGAGCAGGGUCAGGGGGGUUCUAUAAGCAUCUCUACAGCCCCUUAACCCUGUCUCCCCAAAUUUUCUUGCCAAUGCCCAUCGAGAUAGUCUGCAAGAUCAAGUUUGCAGAUGAGGAUGGGAAUCAGAAGGAGAAGGAGGAAGGGGAAAGCGAGAGUCUGAUUGGGGAUGAGGUACCAGCAGCCGGACGGGACUUAGCCACCUUCGCCAGCACUAGCACCCUCCAUGGGCUGCGGCACAUCUUCCAAACUGGCAGACUGGGCAUCAAGCAAAGUCUGUGGGCACUGGCAUUCUUGGCUUCGCUGUUGUUUUUUUUAUCCCAGGUGGUGAAAUGUGCUUUAUACUACCUGGAGCACCCCCAUGUCACCGCUGUGGAUGAGGAGGUGAUGGGGGAGAUGAUUUUUCCAGCCAUCACCAUCUGUAAUAUCAACCGCUUCCGCCACUCAGCUCUGACGGAUCCUGACAUUUAUCACCUGGCUAAUCUCACAGGCCUGCCGCCCAAAGACCGGGAAGGGCACCGAGACUCGGAUUUAAUGUAUGAUGAUCCUGACAUGCUGGACAUUGUGAAUAGGACUGGGCAUCAGCUGGCAGAGAUGCUGAAGAGCUGCAACUUUAGUGGGGAUAGCUGUUCUGCACAUAACUUCUCCGUGGUAUUUACAAGGUAUGGGAAAUGCUAUACCUUCAAUGCCGACAAGAAGCACCCAAAGGUGACCAGACAAGGAGGCAUGGGCAAUGGGCUGGAGAUAAUGCUGGACAUUCAGCAGGAAGAGUAUCUGCCAAUCUGGAGAGAGACCAAUGAAACAUCCUUUGAGGCAGGAAUCAGGGUACAGAUUCACAGCCAGGAUGAGCCCCCCUAUAUACACCAGAUGGGGUUUGGCGUAUCCCCAGGAUUUCAGACGUUCGUCUCGUGCCAGGAGCAGAGGAUGACAUAUUUGCCCCAGCCCUGGGGUAACUGCCGAUCCAGCAUUCCAGGGGAGGAGUUACUGCCAGGUUAUAGCACCUACAGUAUCUCAGCUUGUCGUCUGCAGUGUGAGAAGGAAGCCGUCGCUAGGAAAUGUGCCUGUCGCAUGGUACAUAUGCCAGGAAAUGAAACAGUCUGCUCUCCUGCGAUGUAUAUGUGUGCUGACCAAAUUCUAGACUCUAUGGUUGAGGAUACCAGUGAGAAAUGCUCCUGCCCCACCCCAUGCAACUUGACUCGCUACAGCAAGGAGAUCUCCAUGGUUCGAAUUCCCAACAAGGGAUCUGCUCGUUACCUGGCUCGAAAGUAUAAUAAAAAUGAGACCUACAUCAGAGAAAACUUCCUUGUUCUGGACAUCUUCUUUGAAGCUCUAAACUACGAAACCAUUGAGCAGAAGAAGGCAUACGACCUGCCCAGCUUACUGGGUGAUAUUGGAGGCCAAAUGGGUCUAUUUAUUGGGGCCAGUUUUCUUACCAUACUGGAAAUCUUGGAUUAUGUGUAUGAGGUGAUUAGAGAUAAAGUAAAGAAGGUUGCUAGCAGAAAGCAAUCUCCUGCUAAGAAACCAUCAGAGAAUAUAGCGACACUGGUGAUGGAUGAUAACAAGGAUCAGAGCCCUUGUGAAACACAUGGAAGACACCCAGAAGGAGCAUAUGCCACCACAAUGCUUCCAAAUCAUCACCGGCAUUACACACACCAUGGUGUGUUUGAGGACUUUGCCUGCUAGACAACUAAGUGGCAGCAGCACAUUCACCUGAAACCAAUUGUGUUCCUUGGUGGUGGACAAGACGUUAUCUAUGAACAUUACCCUGCCUUCAUUUCCUAUGCAGGAACACAAAACCCCCUUACCACAAGAUGGGUGGACUCACCUUCUAAACCUAUGCCUAAGUCUAUAAGAACUUAAGGUACCUUUGAAGAGAUUUGUCCAUCAUAUCUACAGGAUACCACAAAUCCUCCACUUUGCUGCCUUUCUUUAAUGCAGGAAGAUUCACCCCAGUACCCAUGAAUAGUAAGAUGUCUCCUUGGUCUCCCAAUAUCUGCCAAAUGACUCUAUGUGAUAAAGGACUUUUAUCCAACUUUGUCACCUGUAAGGAACCACGGGAACAUUUUGGACUUAGACAAUAGAAUGUCUCCUGUAUCUCUGUUGGUUAUAGAUAGUAACAGGUUGUCAAGAGAUAAGAUUGCUAUACAGCAACACAGACACCUAAACAUCUCUUUGUCUUUAUUAAUCGUUUCUAUGGAUUUUUAUAUAUAAUAUAUAUAUAUAUAUCUAUAUAUCAUGCUGCCUAGUAAUGCAGUACAACAGGACAGGCACAAUUUCUCCAAAGAUCUUACAAAUGCAUUGUCCGGCACUUUAAGCACAGCAAUCUAAAGCAAUUUAUCUAAUAUCCCUCUGAACACCAAUAAAAUAAGGUAUUUGUGGAUCUAUAAAGGAAGUCCUAAACCUUUUUGCAUGAAAUGAGGAGGCAGUGAUAAAUAAUGAGAGCUAGAAAGGCAGUCUUGCCAGGAAAGCCAGUAUGAACUCCAGGGAUAAAAGAACAGUCUCUCUGUUUCUGAGAGUGCCUAUAUUGUUCGUUAAAUUAUGAGUUUAUUAUAAUAUAAAUGUAUUUUUGUGGCUGAUUUUAGUAACCCUGAUAUCAAACCUCUAUCAAGAUUGUGGGUCUGUCCCCCAAGGGUAGUCAAGACUAGUGGCUGAAGGUCUCAGACUGAAGACUAUUUAGGGUGAGAUUUCUCUUCUAGAAUUUCCUGAAAAUUGAGUUUGAUGGUCAGUUAGCCUGAGAUUCUUGGAACCAUGGUUGAAAUGGUUGAAUGGGUGAUCAGGCAGUGCUUUUAUAUAUCUGUAACCAUAUUAUGAGCCAAGUUGAUUCAAAUUCAAGUUAUGAGUAGUAAGGAAGUGUAAAGGGAAAAAAACUCUCUGCAGGGUUCUUUAUUGUAUAUUGCCAUGGAUUAAAAAUAUUAGGGUCUCCAGGCAGAGCUGUAAUUGUUACCGUUUUUUAGUCUCAGUACUUGCUUAGAACAUUGAAUAGCACGUCUGUGAUCAGAAUAUUAAUAACCUUGGCUUAAAUGAGUGUAAUAAAUUCAGAAAUGGUCAGAGCUAUCCCCCAAAGUAGGGUUAUCUCCUUUAUAGUUAUCUCUGCUGCCAUUUGCAAGCCUGUUUUUGUAGGUUUAAUAGGAAUGACAAUUCCGUGUUGGAUAACUGAGCCUUCAUCUGUACUUUCCCACAAAAUAAAUGAAUCAAGAUCCUGCCUUUUGGACUGGCGGGAGCCUACUCAAGGGGGUAUUUGAACAACACCUGCAACAUUCACACACUAAGGACUUUCAUUCAUCUUGUGAAUAUGUCUAGUGGCCUAAUCCAGACAUGAAGCUUUAUCCAUUAAAGUGAGUCUCUAUUUAUCAUUUAAAGGGAGGUGAUAAUGGUGGGCGGGAGAUAUAAGAGAAGAGAGGCAGCUAAGCAAAACUGAACAUUCAUCAUUAAAACUGUCAUGGAGAUUCCACAUUCCUGCCUGAAAUUUGAACCAAUUUGCAACUGUGUAUGUCUGUAUGCCCCCAAAGGGUUAAUAAAGGAGAAUGCUCAGGAUUCAAACAAUAAAUGUUAGCCACACAGUGGGGGUGGGUAUAACAGAAUAAAAGAAAACAUAAUCCAAAACACUCAUACAGAGGAGGGGAAGUGUUUCCUUUACUGCCGUAUACAUAAUGACAAGUAAAACCGAAAAGCUAUUAGCAAAUACUUAAUUUGAUUUAUCUUGAAUUGAAUAUUUAUUUCAACCUUUAGUCAUGGCCACACUUAUUCAAAACUAAGAUUUUUUUUUUUAAUGUAAGACAUUAGAGAUAUAAUGGUUCAGCUUUGGGAUAUUGUUCAAAAGCCCUUUUUAACCCAGACACAUGCAGAACUUCCAAGUGAACCUCUCAAAAAGAUUAGCAGUAGCGUAUCAUUAACCUCAUGUUCAAAUUAUGCUCCCCAUUAGUAUUUAGAUGGACUGGGUUCCUCUUUGCUUCAGGCACCUAACAGGUAGAGUUGUCUUUCAAGGGUGCAAAUAUCGGGGAGCUGCCCUGGGCCCCCCUCAGUGGGGCCAUGCCAAUUUGUAGUAAUUAAGAGUGUGAAACAGUUGGUAUUGCAGAACAAGAUGGCAGCAGUAGGGCCACAUGGAAACCAGAACUCGUUAUAUCGCUAUUUAUGAAGGUUGUUGGAGGGAGCUUGAAAGGGCCAUUCUUUCAACAGCCCUACUUUAUAUACAUAAGACCUGACAGCCCUGUUGACCAGACAUCAUUCUAAGAAUAGUAUGGAAUUAGUAUAUUAGUGUUUAUCCAGUGAGAAAACUGCUAGAACUGAUCUAUCUACAGUACAUUCUAAUAGUUAGUCCACCUGCCAACUGCCAUUGGUUACUAUAUGUGUAGCUUUGCACUGAACCCUUUUAAUAAUGAACUAGAACAAGGAAGAGGUGCUUAUAAGAACUCCCAGACCACAGAAUAUUUUAAGGGGUAAUAGUAGCUGCUGUACCCAUGGACAAACAAACCUAUGUUUCCUGAAUUUUUUGGUGAAAAUGGACAGAUUCUGUCAUCACUAGUGAAAUUAUUUUGUGCGUGAUCAUCCUUUGAAGAAGAAACUGAAGGUAAUACAAUAUAGUGCAUAGGUCUACUUUUACGCAUCACCAUGAGCAGGGUGCCACAACUCAGUUCCACACUAAACAUAUGGGUGAUGUUAGAUGCAGAAGAGAAGGACUGGCCUCAGGAUACAGGGGAAUGUCCUGGUGGGCCCUAGUCCCGUUGGGUCCUCUUCCCUCUUUGCAGGGACUGUGCUACUGGGGGCCUUCAGCACACCCUUAGUUUCUGAUAGAGGUCUGUGCAUAGUUCUUUGCUUGUGGGGAAGUGAGAAAGUGCUGCAGCCACCAGUAAAACAUCCAUGACACAGAGUAAGGUGGGCCCACUGAGAAUGGACCCCAGGGUAAAAAAUAAGCAAAGGUAUAAGGAAUCUAUUGGAGACUAAGGGCAUUUUUAAGGCAGCCAGGAGGACAGUUUCUGAGAAGGAGGGGCCAUGGGACUGGGGCCCCAGUUAAGAAUUAUCCUCAGAAAAGGACAGACAGCAUUCUUGAGAGACCAGGGCAUAUUGGUGGGCCCAUGGCAUCCAUUCCUCUGAUGUGUCUGCAAUACCCUUGUUCAACAAGGAAAACCUACAGUGAAGAAUGUCAAGCAGUGAGCGAAUCAGAAAUAUUAUCUUAGUGAAGAGAGGCAAUACAUGAGAUUGUAUAUAUCAGCACUGUACAUGAUACAAAGCACUAUUUUGGGGGCACAUUAGUUCACUAUAAAAGAAAGUGAAAUCAAUUAGAAUGGCAUCAAUAGCAAUAGCUAACCCACUUUCUGCCACUGACUGUAAUGACUUAUCCUGGCCUGUUGGCAGUCCUUUAGGGCUAACCUUGGACACCUGGAUGAAAUGCAGAUAAAGGUUAAUUAGAGAGGCUUACAGUUCUGUCUCAAAUUAUUAAUUAACACAAUGUACUGCUCACUUGGGGGCUGCAGGAAAAACUUGUUUGACUGUAAAAUGUUCUACUGUUAAAUAUUCAAAAUAAAAGGAAAAGUAUU